GUAGUUCGCCCUCUAGUAGCAAGAUGACGUCAUGUGUAUGAUAGUGUCUCGCCAUCUUUUCACUCCCUUUCAAUUUUGAGUCUGCUUUAGUUCGCAAAGAGAUCUCAACAUGGCUGCAGGUCCAUACAACUAUUCUUAUAUAUUCAAGUACAUUAUUAUAGGAGACAUGGGUGUUGGAAAAUCCUGUUUGUUACACCAGUUUACAGAAAAGAAAUUUAUGGCGGACUGCCCUCACACAAUUGGUGUUGAAUUUGGAACGAGGAUAAUUGAGGUAUCUGGCCAAAAAAUCAAAUUACAGAUAUGGGACACUGCUGGACAGGAACGAUUCAGGGCUGUAACCAGAAGUUAUUAUCGAGGGGCUGCAGGUGCAUUAAUGGUAUAUGAUAUAACACGGCGAAGUACAUAUAAUCACUUGAGUAGCUGGCUAACAGAUGCUAGGAAUCUUACAAAUCCAAAUACAGUAAUCUUCCUGAUUGGGAACAAGUCUGAUUUAGAAGCUCAAAGAGAUGUAACAUAUGAAGAGGCCAAACAAUUCGCUGAGGAAAAUGGACUGUUAUUUCUGGAAGCAAGUGCAAAAACUGGUGAAAAUGUUGAAGAAGCAUUUUUGGACACAGCAAAAAAGAUAUAUCAAAACAUUCAGGAUGGAAGUUUGGACUUGAAUGCUGCAGAAUCAGGAGUUCAACAUAAGCCAUCAGCACCCAGAUCAAAUGCUUUAAACAGCGAUCAGCAACAAAAUAAAGAAGGAUGCGCCUGCUAACGUCAUCCAAUCAAAUAUAUAUAGAAUUACUCAGUUGUAUAUAUACUGCAAUUUUAUCCAAAAUGGUUUGAAUAUGAUCAGUGCUGAAACAGUUAAAUACACAAGUACCAUGUGAGAGACUAGUUUAUCUUUCGUUCCAAAACUUUCAAAAAUGACAAAAAAAAAAUCAUCUGUAAAAAGAGAUACUAAAAUUACUAUAUGAAGCCAAUGUUAUUAAAGAGCUUCAUUAAUUUUAUUUAUGCUGAAAUCUGUCAGUACCUGUAUUGUUAUGUGUUGGAUUUAUGUACAUUACAUUGAAUAAGUAAUAAUUAUCCAUGUCAUAUUAGGUCCAAAGGCAUCAUAUUGAAUUAACACCAUGUAUAACACCAAGUGUGUAGUUUGUGGGUUAACUUGCAGAAGAAUUAGCUUACAAUGCUGAUUUUGUGAGUACUGACCUGAAAGCAGUAACAAUUUUAAUAACAUACUAUAUUUCUUCCAUCUAUAAAUAUAUUUUUCCAUGCGCAUCUAGUUUCAGUUGUUGGUUCUAGAUCUUGUGGAGUAUGUCUGAGUAUAUAUUGGAAGGGGCCACUUAGAUUAAUAGAUGUCGGAGUAUGAAUGUAAUAUCCAUUAAUAUUUAAGCAGUGGGGUAUUUUACCGUAAGCGAAGUACAAUCAGAGUUCAAACCUAGGGUUGAGAGUUCAAAUCUCGAAUUGAUCAUACUUCCCUCUUUUGGAAGAUUUUGAAACUGAUGAAUUAAUUCAAUCAAUUUUUUUUCUAUUCGCAAGCUACUGUAUCCAAAUUUUGUUUCUUUUAUUCGAUACUUUGGCAUUAGAAACAUACGUUUAAACCUUUCACAUGACGAUCAGUGGCCAAGCCUUUGCAAUAAUAAGUUAAAACCAUUAUCGAACUGGCUCACUGAACUGAAUAUGCCUUAUUGAUAAUGAAGAAAUAAUAUCUGGAUAUGGGUACAUCAAAUUUACAUUCUUCAUGUCAGACUUUCCACUUCAGAUUUAUUAAAAAAUCUAUUAAUAAUAAUUGGAGAUGGUGCUUAAGUUUGUGUGUCAAUUGGCAAUUCAUUUUAAUGAAAAACAUUCAUAAGUAAUAAGAACACCCCAAAAAGAUGACUUUUACAUAUUGUACAUAUGAACAAUGCUAAGCACUAAUACAGGUCUCCCUCCAAUUAAUGACCACUUUUGGGACCGGUGUUUUGUUGGCCUGUAGCCAGGGCUGCCAAGAGGGGAAACUGUAACGGGCAAGGGUUGGUGUGGGCCCUCAACUAGGAGCGCGAGAAAGAUUGCGCUGAAAGCGCAAACAAUUUUUUUUUUGCCUGUGAAUGUGGAGGGGCCCAUAAUUAAGUGACCCAUGCCAUUAUUGAGGGCCCAUGAUAGUAAAUAUUAUUUUUGAAAAAAAUAUUGAAAAAAAAAAAUGCUA